AUGAGCAAUCAGGUGCGAGCUUCACGGCAUGCCUCAGGCAUAUUACCUUCUAAACAGUUUUUUGCACCAAGAAAGCCAAUAACACAAAAUGCAUCACGGAGAAAGUCAACCACUCUUUCCAUCAUAGUUAAUUCUUCAAGCGCACCAGGUGAAUCGCAGGGCAUUUCGGUCCGUACUUCACCUAUUCGACCUCCGAGCGCUCUUCAACAUCAACAAAAUCAAGACGAAAGUGAGGAUUUCUCACAUUCUACUAUUAAUUCGGUUCUAGAACCAAUAACGCCUACUGUAGUUUUAGAGCCCUCUUCAUAUAGACAGAUUCGACACGGUGGUUCAAACCUUUUAUCUAGUGAUUUUUCCACUUCUUUUUCGAGGCAUUCUGAUAGUGAUUCAUCAGGAACAUUAUCCACCCAAUUACAAAUGAUUCCGCCAAAGAAACUUUCACAAACAAAACCCCCUAUUAAUGAUUCACCUUACGCAUCUUUUGCCAAAUCCAUGCCUCGAAUUGUUUAUAAUUCUGCUCCAAUAUCACGCGCAGAUAGCAGAGGGCGUAAACGACUUUAUCAAGUUUGGCCCGGAAGAAAUCGGUUUUUCCUUGGUGGAAGAAUAAUGACUAGUAGAGAUUUUACUGCUUUUCUGAUCGCUUUUUCGGCACUUGUUGUGCCAUCAGGCCUCUUUUUGGCAUUUACGUUGAUUAUUCCACGUAAUCUUGAUCCUUCUCCUCCAACAGAAGAUCUAGAAGAUCCAGAGAAUAAUGUUCAAAAUAAUCCAAAUAGUCCUUAUUAUCCAAUGCGAAGUGUACCUCUUCCAAAAGAAGUUAAUAUUAAUGGUCAAACUAUCAGAUUAAAAUAUUGCGAGACUUGUAGAAUAUAUCGACCUCCAAGAUGUAGUCAUUGCAGACAGUGUGAUAACUGUGUUGAAAAUGAAGACCAUCAUUGUAUAUGGUUAAAUAAUUGUAUUGGAAGACGAAAUUAUAGGACAUUUUUUACAUUUAUCGCUACAGCAACUAUACUAUGCGUUUACGUUACGGGCUUCUGCUUAGUGCAUCUAUUUUUAUUAAUGAAAGAACGCGAGUUUAAUUUCAUUUCUGCAGUAAUUAUUGCUCCAGUCAGAUAUCCUUGUAUUCGUAUCCCAAUUCCACGGCGAAAUGGCACUAGAAAUCCUUUUGAUUAUAGGAACAUGAGCAGAAAUUGCAUGUGGGUACUUUGUCGACCCUUAACAAAAAGCUCGGUUAGCAGGAGAGCUUAUGUUGAGGAAGAAGUUUUGAACAUAGAACAAGUAGAGAAUGUUUUGAAUGAUUCUAUGUCACGAUUUUUUUCAUCUUACCCAACGAUCCGAGCUUGUGCCGGUAUCGCUUCUUGGAUUCCUGUAAUAAUUUGGAGUUUAGAUCAUGGAUACUCUAUAAGCUCUGUAAGCGGGAGAUCUAUGCAGCCAACAUUUAAUCCAGACUCAAACAAACUCACUAGAGAUAUUGUUUUGUUGAAUCGCCAAGCCGCUAUUAGUCAUAAAUACAAAAGGGGUGAUGUAAUCUUGAAUGGGUUUAGCGCGCCAGAUGACCCAAACAAGGUGAUAACCAAACGAAUAAUAGCGUUAGAAGGAGACACAGUUUUCACAUUACCACCAUAUCCAGAUAAAUUUUUAAGAAUACCGAAUGGACAUUGUUGGGUUGAAGGUACCAUUGGGGUUAAUAAAUGCCAAAGUAACACACGUAUUGUGGCCAUUGCCAAGAUUUGGUAA